GGCCGACCCUCGGGGCGACCACACGACCCCACCUGCCAUGCCGCGAGCGUUCCUCAUCACGCACCGGCGCUACAGCGCGGCGCCCGACCACGGCUGGGGCGUCGCGGCGCUCCGCAGGGACGCCGUCCGCGACAUGAGCCCCGAGAGGAGCGUGAGCACGGCGGAGGGCCCCAGCUCGGACGAGCUGUACAACCUGACCCAGCUGGCCGAGGUGAGCCUGGCGGCCGCGGCGGGGCAGCUGGUCCGGCCUCAGCAGCAGCUGCAGCAGCAGCAGCAGCAGCAGCAGGAGGAGCAGCACGCCUGCCCCGACUGCGGCAAGCGCUACUCCACGUCCAGCAACCUGGCGCGCCACCGCCAGACGCACCGCUCGCCCGCCGACAAGAAGGCGCGCCGCUGCCCGCACUGCGGCAAGGUGUACGUCUCCGUGCCGGCCUACUCCAUGCACGUGCGCACGCACAACCAGGGCUGCAAGUGCGCCUACUGCGGCAAGUGCUUCUCGCGGCCGUGGCUGCUGCAGGGACACAUCCGCACGCACACGGGCGAGAAGCCCUUCAAGUGCCCCGUGUGCAGCAAGGCGUUCGCCGACAAGUCCAACCUGCGCGCGCACGUGCAGACGCACUCCAGCACCAAGCCGCACGUGUGCGCGCGCUGCGGCAAGGCCUUCGCGCUCAAGUCCUACCUGUACAAGCACGAGGAGUCGUCGUGCAUGCGCCUGCCGCCGCCCGCCAAGCCGUCCCCGCCGCCGCCGCUCCUCAAGCUGGUCGGCCCGCUGCCGCCGCCGCCGCCGCUGCUCAAGAUCGCCGCAGCCUACUGACCGGCCCGUCGCUCCGGCUGAGCCGCGCCCUCGGCAUCUCCGGACUGCGCCGUAACAGCUCGAGCAUUUCCGGGUGCGCCUAAGCAUCUCCAGAAAUGCUCUAGUUUCUUCGCUGUGUUUUUUAUGACAUAAGGCCCGUUCUACAAUGGCAAGGAAACAGAGAUGGAUCUCCCGGGUCUGCUGCUUCCGCAAAGUAACGGUAAUCGAUGCGAUUGCAUUUCAAGGUUAUUAAAUACAUAUUAACUAAUUGAAAACGAUAUAUAAUGCUUCGAGAUAAUAGCAUGGGCAGAAUUUCCAUGUUUAAUAAAAAUAAACCACAAAGUAAUAAUAGAAUACUAGAUAUCCUUGUACUUGAAACAAUUUCUGCGUAUUUACAACAUAAACAAACAUGGCUAUCACCGCAGCCAAGUACUCGACUUCUAUUGGUUGCACGGAGCAACGUAAACGGAAGAGCUCAGCACUGCCGAGCUAACCCGUACGGGUCUGUCUCCUGCAAGCCGUUGUAGAAACUCUGUUCCGCGAGAUCCGUCCUAGUUGCGUCUCAGACCGAAGCUACGGAAUGUUGCCAGCAUUUCCUGGGAAGUCCGAGCAUCGUCUAACAGUCCGAGAGGGGACUGGCUUGGUUAACAGAGAGCAUGUACGUAGUGCCAGUCAGACAAAAACGCGUAUUUUUGUCCACGGCGAGUGGUUUAACAACUACUGCACAGAUACAGUUAUGGCGCAAAAUCGAAUGGGUAAUUUUCAAUGUAACGCAUAUUAACACCGUAUGACGAAUGACACCAAAAGCCAAUGUUUACUUUUUCGAGAAGAUAAAUGAAUUAUGUAUUUACUUGAUCUUAGUAAAAUGGAGGUUUAACCUAAACAUCGAAUAUCCGAUUGUGAUACGAAAAAUACCUCUAGAUGUAUGUCCAACUCUACAGGAAAUGUUAAUUUUUGAUGUGUAACAUCUGAGCUCUCGGUAUACGGCAUUUGUUAGUAGUGAUUUCUUGAAUGGAGCGGAAGUCGCAUGGGACGGAAAUGUGCAACAACAACGGUGCUACCGUCUGUGGCGGAUGGCGCGAGCUGAAGUUCACAAAGCCAAAUAAAAGGAAACUUUAUAUAAUUCAAUUUUUAACAAAUUUUAUCAAUAUGUAGAGCAUUUUGAUAAAAUUCCUUGUCGAAUAUCAGGUCCAAAGUCAGGAUUUAGUAUUUAUUCAAGUAAUUUCGCUUUUUUUUGUAGCUGUUUCAUUAUACAGUUUAAAAUUUCUGUCUGCUAAUCAAAUGAUUCAAUAGUCAACGUAGAUGCUCAGGCAACUAAUUCUAGCGAUGGAUGCUGAAACUACUUGUGAUUUGCGUCCAAAAAUGUAGUUGAAAACAAAAUUUGCGUACAUAUUUAUCAUGUUUGUCAUAUUACGUUAAAUUUCAUGUCCGAGCUUCAUGUUAUAAGUUUCGUUUCCGAGGUUAGAUGUUACACAUCACUGGCGAGUACUGAAGGAAUCGCUCACGUAUUUUUUACAAGAACACGAUUAUGCUAACAUUAAUAAGCCAACCAUUAUAAUGAUUAAGAUAUAAAAAUUUGUAUAGUAAUUGUGAUGUUAUUUUAAAAAAAAUAAAAGUACGGUUAUGUUAUUCUGGCAUUUCACGUCGUCCAGUGCCUCAACGCUGUGUAGUAAACGCAAGGAAGUCAAAUCAGGCCAGGGAUAGUAUUCGCAUGUAUGUUGGUACGAAUGACACGGAAGAAGAGCGAACGAGCCCACGCGGUAAGAGCAGCCUGGCCCACACGAGACGGAGCCGGCCCGUGAAACAGCCGGCAAGACAUGCCGAGGAAGACGAACUGCGGUUAUUUUCGAACACCACCGACAGCUGUUCGCGCCCGAGAGGGGGCGAAUUCCGAAAAUUUCUGGGCCGCUGCCAACUUCACACAAAGUCGCAGUUGUUAACAAGCCGCGGUUUGCGAGUAGUUCUACCGGAAUGAGAAACUUUCGAGGAUUUAAAUUAAUUGGUUACAGCCGUAUCACCAUGGUGCAAAUAACUGACAAAGAAAUCAAAAAUAAUAAAUCAGUUUCUAAAAUAUUGAGAUAACCGCAUAACAUUACUUUUCGCGUUAGUUUCAUAAUAAUGACCCUCCUAGUACGUGCCUCAUAGACACGUAAACGAACUUAACGUAAACGAACUAACGGAACAAAGCGAAUAAUGUGACACUGCUGCAAAAAGUAACUACAUGUGCAAUAUCUUGAAAAAUGUUAUCGUUUGCAUUUUAAUGCUUCCUUGAAAACUAAGGCCGCUGAUUAUAAGAGAGCUUCCCAUCUAAUCUCGUAUUUUUAAUUAAAGUGUCCAGUGAGACAAGGGUUUCGUCUAACGGCUGAUUUCAAUCGUUCGUGUCUUGAAAUGGGCAGCGAAUUCAGUUGAUCAAUGAAGGUUUCGCCUUACCGAGUACGUGAACCUCUAAAGUGUUCUACUUCUUGUUAAAAACAUUUAUUACGAACUCGAGUGCCAUGGCUACUUCGGAGUCUAGGCUACGAAAGAAAAAAUCCUUUUCCUGAACUAGGGACCAUAAUAAUUCCAUGUUUAUCAUUAGCAUUCGCUAAGCCAUGUUUGGAUAGCGUAUGUAUUUUUUUAGAAUUAGUAAAAGGGAAAAUGAAAGUUAUUUUUAUAUAAGAACUUGUGAUAUUACCUGUUUGUGUAUGUCUGUAUAAUGUUGACCCGCGCAAAUUUUGUAUAGAAGCCUAGAUAUAUUUUUUAUUGUCUUGUGGACAUAUUGGCUCCAUAUUUUUGUGAAAUUGUAUCAAAGGUAAUAUUUUUGUAACAAUUUAAUGAGGACUUAAAAAAAACUUACAUUGAUUAUGGAGAAGUAUAUAAAGCAAUUUUUCGCUGGGACUAACAAAAUUUGCAACAGCAAAAUCCUAAUAUUAAGUUUCCGUAUAACCAGAAUUGACUUUCUCUAAACGUUUAUCUAAUUAUUUAUAAUUUUUAUGUGAAAAUGUAAUGUCAAAAUGUGAUUUCUGCUUGUUCUAUGAACACUGACAUUAUUGUUUAACUUACUGACAAUAUUUACAUGUUAUUUAUUAGGUACUGUAAGAGUAUAUUUUAGAUUUGCUUCUCAUAAAGUAGUUUAGAAAUAAAAAAAACAAUAUCACAAAUUCUUAGUUAAGCUACAGUUCAUGUCUCUAUUCUAUGUGAUGAAGUAAAGCGAAAGCUAUUAAAAUUAGUCUCCUGUGACAAAAUGUACUUAUUUAUUAAACAAUUCAAAUCUCAGUUACUUAGCCCUUCUGUAUGCAGCUGUAUUUUAAGUCCGUAUCACUUAAAAUACGACUAGUAUAUUAAGCUGUGUAUCUGUAUAUAAGUGUGCAAUUAUAAUCCUCACAUAUAGUUUAAUUAUUUAUAUUUCGGUAUUAAAAUUAAUCGAAUAACACAAUGCCACGUGUUAAAAUACUUAUAUUUAUUAAGAUAUUGUAACGAAUAUCAGCAUAUUAAUUUAGUUAUUUUGUCUUCAGCAGCAUUUACUUUCAGUCAAACUGAAAACUUGUCCACCGCUCAAACACGAUUUGUAAUGCACAAAAACUUGUCCUCACAGCCAAAAGUACACUUUUUAUCACUUUUGAAACUGUUGAGUAAUUAUAUGAAAAGUGUUGACGAUCGAACAAGGCCCUCUGUUUUAGAAAAUUCACAAGUUGUAAAUAUUUUUGUACAGUUAAGUUUUGAAUUAUUAUGCAUAUGGUUAUCAAUAUCUAAAUGAGCAUGUUGUUCCGUUUCAUCUUCCUUAAAGUCGGAAUUUGUGUAUAUAUGUCUGAAUGGGCAGAGACUUUUUUUAAAUUAUUAAUAUUCAUAACAAUUAUUUAGUUUAUUUUUUCCUUUGUACAGAAAUUAACUUUUAACUAAUUAUUUAGUACAUAUGUUGAUGUUUGUAGGUUACUAAAACUUAUGUAUAGAGUGGAAUCACAGGUUAAUUUAUUCAUUUACGCUGCUUUAAGUAAGAUAUUUUUUACCAAUCAAUUUGUUAAAUAACCUUUUUUGUAUUUAUUAUUAGAAAAAAUGUCAACUAACUUAUGUCUAUUUAGUUUAACAAAUGGCUGCAGAUGUUUGUUACUUAUCUCAUGAUUAUUUUGCAUUACAGAUAAUGCAAUUGUAUAUUCAAUUAUUGCUUUUAUUUAUGUUAAAAAUGGUUAAAAUUGUCGACUUUUUGAGUAGCUUUAGGGUCACAAAAUAAAAACAACUUCAUACUUUUAAAUAAUUAGCUGUCAAAGUUACAUUUAUGACGUUUUUACGACGUACGAAUAAAUAUUCUUAAAUGUAUUACAGAAAUUAACUUUUUCAGAUUAAAUGCUAUGCUACCAGCAUGAGGAUCGGGUUGUUACGAAUGUCAAAACACUUUCUUUAGAUAUUAUUUUUUACCUAGAAAUAUCGUCGACUCUUUUGUGUUAAGGGUUGGCAAAAGAUCGAUAAAAAUGUUAAUAUAACACCUAAAAAUAAUUUUUUAAGGAGUGGUGAUGACAUCAUUAUAUUACAUUAGUCUAGAGAUGUCCUAUGAAGCGUGGAAUGCUUGUGAGUUAGGCUAGUUUUGUGACUGACAUAUAGCCCAACCUAGUUACAAUGCAAAGACAUGAGGAGCGAACGAUAGUGCUUCCCGUAGUUGCGCGGUGUUCCUGUAGCGACCCACGCGUGUGGCCGUGGCGAGCUAUUCCCGUGCCCCUUGGGGAACUGGGGGGGGGGGGGUCACGUGACAACGACCCCCGCGUGGGGCGAGCCACCACCUGUCGCCGACGAGAGCGCAACUGGUUGGCCGCGUGCGCUAAUGCUGCUGGGUUUAUCUUGGGGCGAGAACUACAACUGGGUAACUUCGAAAUUGGCGAAAUAAGGUUGAAUUAAUAUAAAAAUUCCAAUAGGCUGGAUUCACAACAUACUGCAUCCUCACAUUCUCUCAAAAUCAUGAGGACAAAAAAUGUAAUUUUGCCAUUACUCAUCUCUAAACAGCAGAUUUGUAGUUACCUAGUUGUUGCAGGCUACUUACCGCACGAUAUGUAGAGAUAUUCCUGCCUUCUGCAUAUGGACCCAACAUUUACUUGAAAUAGACUAUCAAAAUCAUCUGGUGUGAGCGUUGAAAUUCGAAUUUAUUUAAAAAUUGUAGUCCAUAAAACACGUGCUCUUUGUUGAAAUUAUUUAAUGUGAAGUAUUAAUUUGUCGCAGAAUGCAUUGCAACACAGUAGUAAUGAGAUGUCAAACUCGUUCUGCAUAGGUUGGAACUCUGACCAAAGUUGUAUGAGAGUUUAAAACUUUAACAACGUACCUGAUUUCUUACGCCAUGACACGGGUUUUCUGCUGACAAAUAAGCCAGUUUUUUUGUGACAACCUUUUUUUAAAAUAUAUUGCAGACUUUGCACUUUACACGUUGCACUUUAAGUAUGAAAAUAUUAUAACUACCUGCAUAUCAGUAACAUCUGACUCUCAGAAUGCGUUAAAAUCUCUUAAUCAGCGCCCAUCAGUGAGAUUUGCUGUCACUGUAUCACCGGUUUGCAGUCGCUCUAACAGUUUUGUAUGUCAAGUAUGAGGCUUGGUUAACAAUGAUAAAAAAAUAGAAGUCUAAUACCAGAUGAAACUGUUGUUUCCUCAAAUUAUAAUGCUGCCAUAAGAGAUUUUCUUUUUAACUUUAGGCUUAGGUUGAGUAAAAUAUGGCAUGGUGAAAUAGAAUAACAAUAUGCUUCUGCGCUCAUUUCUAGACAGAAAUCACACCAACAUUUCGGACCAGUAAGUACAGAUUAUUUACGUGUAGUUCAGCUAUAACAUAACUACUAUAAAUACUGACUAAUGCAUUUCAAGAAAAACUUGUGUUCUUUUGGACAUUUCACCGGCCUGAGUCAAAAAUAAAGAAAUGCAGUUAUUAUGAAACGUUUGUUUACUUAAGGCCUAACUUAGGAUAUGUUUACAUCCUGUUCACAUGAAAGGUAAGCUGUACAAGGAAAUUCGUUGUUAAAAUGUAUUUUUUUUAAAUUUAUUCUAUUGAUCAUCAUGUUGAUCUUCCGACUUGAAAAUAUAACCAAAUUUUGUCAAAUUUGCUCAGUUCAAUUUUCCUUAAGCAUUGUAAGCAUUCUACAUUUGGAGAAUUUUAUCAGUUUGAAUGAUUUUGUAUACUUUUAAUUUAUACUUUAUCAUAUAUCUCUGUUGUCGAUGAGUUAUUAUAUAAAUAUCUACAAUUUUAACUUUUCCUACGUUAGAACCAAACAUCUGUAGCCGAAAUUGUGUAAGUAGUUUCUGUUUUUGUUUGAUUAUUUUAAGUUAACUUUGCAGUGUAUUUUUGUUUGUUUGUUUGUUUUGUAAAACGGACGAGUAUGCACCUAGUCGCCAUUGUCAAAUGUUUCUUUCUAUAGCUGUUUUAUCGAGUGUGUUAUCUUAUUGUCUGUUACUUCAGUAACACAGUGCGAUGUUAGAAUAUUCGUAGCUGAUCAAAAUAUUUGGAUAAUUGCUUAUCUAACACACGAACACCAUUUAAUAUGGGAAAGGUAUAAAUGGCUGGUUCAAUAAAAAUCAGUAUAUUUUUAAUUAUCUCUGCCCUAUAAGUGAAAAAAUUGCAAAUCAUAUUUCCAAUAGAUUAUAAUAUAUGAAACACUUAAUAUUUAGUUUUAAAAUGAAUUUGUACUGCAGUGCAUUUUUUUUUCUUUUUAAUCCACAAAGAUUGUUUCAUUUUGGAAUAUGGAUGAAAAUAAAUAUAAAAAUUGCUAAACGUUUUUAAAACCAUGUGCUACUUAUUCAAGGAAAUCUCAUUGUUAUAAUAAAUAACGUUGCAGACAAGUGGAACAUCGAAGCGCUGGCUCACACUCCGGGUGAACGUACUGUUACGUACAUCGCAUUUUGUUUUAGAUACGUAGAUCCAUCUACAGAACUAAAAGGGAAACAAAUUGAUUUGGUUUUCAUGUACUGAUUGAUAGCUGGAUUGAAAUUCACUGAUUUGACCACUAUUAACGCAAUUAAAACUAGUAGACUGUGUUUAUUCAUUGAAUUAUUCUUAUUAUAAAAGCGUAGUGAUCGUCUACAUAUCUACAUUAAGAAGAAACAUUGCCAAACAUUUUUUGUCAGUAUAGAUAUACCACUUGACAAACAAGCGAUAAAGGAAACUGGACUUAAAUAACUUGUAUAUUUUUGUGUUGUUAUUUUUACGUUCUUUUGUGUUGUACGCUUUUGUGUUGAAAGUUUUGUAUUCUGUAUCUUUAAUUAUUUAUCGUGUAAAUGAUAACUGUAAGUUUGUUCGGAUUUGUACGUAACUGAAAGAAGCAUGUACUGCUAGUCAAAUUUUAUUUGUUUUUAUUGUAUGUAUACUUGAUGUGUUUAGUUAUGUUAGUUUAAGUUUUCUAAAGACGUGAAUUCUAAGUGCCAAAAUAUUGUAAGCCAUAAGGCUCUGUAUCAUAAAAUGCAAAUAAAUAUAUAUUUUAUC